AUGAGCUACUCUGAAAGAAAGACUACUUCACCUAAAACAGCAGAUGUGUACGAAGAACCAUUUCAUGAGAUUGAUCCUGUAGAAGGAGCUCAAGAUGGCAGCUGCAGGCAACAUGCUGUUGCCAUGCAGAUCAGGUGGUUUAAGGAGACCGACUGUGUUUGCCUCUAUAAGAACGGGGGGGUGAGUCUGUUCACUCAGGAGUUACAGAGAGGAAAUGUCUCCUUACAGCUGAGAGACUAUAGAGUGUCAGAUACAGGAUAUUACCUGUGUCAGGUCGCAGAACAGAACAGAGGAGAUCACAUGGGUGGAGAAUCCUCAAGUGCAGACUCUGUAGUGCUGGUUUCUGUACCAGAACUCAGGCUGGUGCUGCUGGGGAGGACUGGGUCUGGGAGGAGUGCAGCAGGAAACACCAUCCUGGGCAGAGAGAAGAGGAAACAGGAUGAUACAUCUACAGUGACUCAGCAGAGUGACAGCAGAGAGGGGGAGGUGGCUGGGAGGAAGGUGACUGUGGUGGACACUCCUGACUGGUUCUGCCCUGAAAUCUCUAUGGAGGAGGUGAGACAGAAUGUGGGACUCUGUGUCAUCUGUGCCCCGGGACCCCAUGCCUUCCUACUAGUCAUACCAGUGAAGGAGCCUGUAGGAGAGGAGAGAGGGAUGCUGGAGAAAAUGGAAGACAUUUUUGGAGAGAGAUGUUGGAGAAACACCAUGAUCCUUUUCACUGUUACUGAGGAAGAGAAAAAUCCUGAACAGUUCAUUCAGUCACAAAGCCAAGAGGUCCAGACACUUGUGCCGAAAUGUGGGAACAGGUUUCACUGUCUCAACAUUAAGGAGAGUAGCGAUGGGUCUCAGGUCUCAGAGCUACUGGAGAAGAUGGAGAAGAUGGUAGAGGAAAACAAAGAGAGAUUGUACAGCAGUGAGAUUUUACUUGGAAAAAAUGAGAGAGAGGGGAAAGAAAUGGAGGAAAGGCACAAACAGGAAAUGGAGAAGAUCAAGGAGCUGUAUGAAGGAGAGGCCAGGAUUGAGACAGAGAGAAACCUCCUGAAGAUCAUUCUGCCUGAACUCCAGAGAAAUACUUUAGUCUCAAAAUGUAAAAUAUAG